CACUGCCGUCCAUUCAUGAAUUCUGGCGACCUCCUAUGCACCGCAGGUCUACCUCUUUGGGGCUGAAUGUUGUUUUAUACGACGGCGAGUCGCUAUACCUAUCGUCGCUUUCGCCCCGCCGUCCGACUUGGCUUUGAUUGCUCGCCCACUCGCUCGCCACCUAGCCGCCAAGGCCGCUUUCGAUUAUUCCGCUGCGCGCUCACAUCUGCUCUCGCCCUCUUGGCCGCCUUUUGCGUACCGUCACACCACCGCCAUGGCCCACAUCCCCAUACAAAUGGCGCCCCUGGUGCCCAUAGAGCAUGAAUACCUAAUCGUGUGCGGGCUUCUCGAUUUCUUCGAGCGCACCAAGCUGGGCUUUCGGCUCGAGAGGUACAACGGCUCGAGGUUGUCGCGCGACAACUACCUCAUGAGCGAGCUCGACGAGGUCAUUUCCUGGGCCCAGGACACCCUCCGUAAAUACCCGGCCCCGACCGUCGAGUUCCAGGUGAUCAUCAAGGAGGGGCACCCCAUGGAACUCGCCGCCAUCGACCACCUCGUCGAGACGCUCUGCUUCAUCCCCGGGUGGACCCAGCUCGUCAUGUCGUUCGAGCUCUUUCCCAUCACUAUCUCGUCCCGCAAGCGCGGCACCUUCGAGGGGCUCUUCGCGCGGCGCGGGAUCGGGCAGCUCAUGUUCGCGCUCGACGGCAAGAGCGUCACCUACAAUGGCCCGUGGGAUCUUGUGCCAGCGCCGUGGAUGGCGCUCGAGCGCCUCUCGCGCUUUUUCGUGGGCAAGGUCGACGUGUGGAGCAAUGUCAAUCCCGAUGAGGCGGAGGACCGGCUCAAGGUCAAUGCAAAAGUGGAUUGGAGGGUCGCCCAUGAAGAGGACGAGGAAGCGAAGAUUAACACGGAGUUCUGGGAGCCGGGGACGCAGAGACAUUGGUUUUUGAGGCCUUGGCGCUCAUCUGAGGCGAGGUCUUCGGCAGGACAGUUUGUAGGCUCGGAGUCGCACUGAACUUGAAUGCAUAGGGAUUACGGCCACUAUAUACUUCAUUUGAAAAAGUUGCAUAUAUGCUUUCUGAGUUGAUACUGUACUUCACGAUAAUGCUGAUUUAUCUCAAGUUCCUG